GAAGCGUUCCUUGCGCGUUAAUUGAUUAUCAUAAGUGCUUAUCAAUUUUGAACGAGUUGAUGAAAGUAGUUGAAUUUGUUUGGCCAGAUUUUGCACAAUAAAAGGCUAAUCAAUUUGGGUCCUUCAAUAUUACACACACCACCAUACCCAAGCCCACAUUUUUUAAUAAAUUAUUGUCCUUCCAAUCUCAGGAGGUAAAGUUCCGCUGCCUGUAUGAUAUGAUAUGAUGAUCUCAAGUAAGUAAGAUGCAUGGAGGAGAGCUCUUCUUUUCUCACAUCACCAAAAUUCUAAUCGCGUUAGAAUUUCAAAUUCCAUGUAACUCUCACAUGUCAGCUAUUUUCCCUUGGCUCUCUCCGUCGUCGUGAAAGCGUAGCCCCCUCCUCUCCCUGCUUUUCGUUCUGUACAACGUUACAGGAGAGAAAGAAGGGAAACAGCACAAACCAGAAGACCCUCUUGUCCCAUCUGUCCAAUUGCCACCUCAAAGAACAAAGCAGCGCGCGCAAAUUCUACUAACUUCUAUCUCUCCCUUCCUCUCGAUUUUCCAUUUCUCUUUGUUAUUCCUUUUCUUCGACGACUUUGUUCUUCUGGCUUCAAUUCAAGUUUUCCCAAGGAAUGCCAAACGCAAGCACCAUAACCACCACCAAUUCCGGGAGCGGAAGUCCCAUACCCACCCAUCGCCGGCGCGUUCCGGACUCGAUGAUGAGCGAUUCCGACAGAUUAUUGGUCCAUACACAGACUUCUUUCGACCGUCUUCAGGUCGGUUGUGCAGGCGACGAGGAAUAUUGUAAUUAUGGCAAUGGUUCUCCUGCCCACAGCCUUCAUCAACAUCUACACUACCACCAUUUGUUACGUAGAAGGGUCACGAAUUUUUUCGUGGUUUUCCAUAACUUGUUGCAUUCUCUGGGAUCAAAAAAGAAUUUUGCGCGUACGCUUAUCAGUUUGCUUAUGGUUUUGGUGGUGGCAUCUAUAUUUUUGAAGUAUUCCGUAUUGGAUGCCAGUCUACAUGACCAAUCCAAGAAGAGAAAGGAUGAUUUUCCGAUCAUUCAGAAUAUGAAGACCAGCUUAGCUCGUGAUCAGCAUGUUAUAACAGAAUCGGCGGUGGCCUUAUCUGCCGGACUUCUCCAUAAAAGGCAAAUGGUUGAAUACCCUGUUCCGGAAAUAUGGAUGAAGCCAAACAGUGAUAACUACUAUCAAUGCAUUGGUCGGCCGAGGAAUCGAAUAAGGACGGGAUCGGAAACAAAUGGCUAUAUUCUAGCUCAUGCUAAUGGAGGGCUAAAUCAAAUGCGAACAGGAAUAUGCGACAUGGUUGCAAUAGCAAAAAUUAUGAAUGCUACUUUGGUUCUUCCUUCUCUUGAUCACAAGUCAUUCUGGACAGAUCCCAGUGAUUUUAAAGAUAUUUUUGAUUGGAAGCAUUUCAUUGGCACACUAAGAGACGAUAUUGAGAUAGUAGAUUCUUUGCCACCUCAUUUGGCAUCAUCAGUUAAGCCCCUUCCUAAGGCACCUGUUUCUUGGUCCAAGCCUGGUUACUACAGAGGAGAAAUUCUUUCCUUGCUAAAGAAACACAAGGUAAUCAAAUUCACCCACACGGAUUCACGUCUUGCCAACAACGGCCUUGCGCCUUCCAUUCAGAGGCUUCGGUGUCGGGCAAAUUACGUGGCUCUCAGAUACACAAAUGAGAUUGAGGAGCUUGGGAGAAAAUUGGUUGAUAGAAUUAGAAGUGAUGGCGAGCCGUUUAUUGCUCUUCAUCUGAGGUACGAGAAAGACAUGCUUGCAUUCACCGGUUGCAGCCACAAUUUGAGUAGAGAGGAGGUUGAGGAGCUUCGGCGCAUGAGGUACAAUGUGAAGCACUGGAAAGAGAAAGAGAUAGACGGCGAAGAAAAACGACUCCAAGGAGGCUGCCCAAUGUCUCCGAGGGAGGCGGGUCUCUUUCUCAAGGCCAUGGGUUAUCCAUCAACCACAAGAAUAUACAUAGUUGCAGGAGAAAUCUACGGGAAUAAUAGUAUGGAUGCAUUCCGGGCAGAGUACACGAACGUUUUCUCGCACUCCACUCUUGCAACAGAGGAAGAGUUGGAGGAACUAAAACACUAUCAGAAUCGUCUUGCUGCUCUGGAUUACGUUAUAGCUCUUCAGAGCGACGUCUUUGUUUACACAUACGAUGGGAACAUGGCAAAGGCCGUACAGGGCCAUAGAAGGUUUGAUGGGUUUCGAAAGACGAUAAAUCCUGACAGAUUCAAUUUAGUUAGGCUGAUGGAUAUGUUGGAUGUGGGCACGUUAUCAUGGGAACAAUUUGCCUCGGAAGUCAAGAGUUUACAUGAGAACAGGCUUGGAGCACCAUAUAUUAGACAGGCGGGAGAAUCACCAAGAUUGGAGGAGAACUUUUAUGCUAAUCCGUUUCCUGGAUGUAUUUGUAAUGUAUCUCGAGAACAAGAAAGAAGCCAACAUCAUCACCGAAAAUUUAUAACUAGUUCAAGAAUAGCAUCACAGAGAUAGGGCUCAUAGUUAUUUUUGAGUGUAAAUAGCAGUAAUUUCAAUCGUAGAGCAUAAGAUACAAAACAGAGAGAGUGGUGGGCUGUGCAAGAAGUAGCAGCAAUGCGAUUCGGGCCCUUCAUGAUUCAAUUUUGGAGGAUACGGACAUACGGUAGAGGGAGAAAUUCCUUUUUUUUUUUUUUUUUUGGAUCCCAUUAUGAGAGGCAUUGUAAAUUACGGAGCACAGAUAUUCUUUUAUUUAUUGAUUUUGUCCUUGUUUUGGCCUUGUCA